CCCUUCGGGUAUCUCCGCCCCCGCUUCGCCUAUCUCCGCCCCCGCUUCGCCUAUCGCCGCCUCUCUUCGUUAAGUUCCGCCGCCACUUCGGCAACUUCCGCCGGUUCGGUCGGAAAUGGCCGAAGACGUGCGAGACCCAGCGGUUUAAGGGGAGAAGACCGGCCGGCUUCUCGGAAUAAACCAACUGUGUCCGGCCCGUGGGGGGGGGGAGCAGGGGAGGGCGGACGGAGCGGGAAGACGAGGCAGCGGCUAUGGCUCCCCCCCCAGCCACUCGCGGCUCCGCCGGGAGGGCGAAGUGAGGGCGCCGAGAGGCUCCAGACAGAUGAGUAGAGAGCUGGCUGCAGAAGAGGGACAGAUUCCAGCUUGCCAGCUGCUCACCGUGUACAGAGGGAAACCCUUGAGAUCAGUGCUGGGAGGAAGAAGAGAAGUGGAGAAGGAGUCGAUGUGGGAUGUGGGACAGGCCUGAGCCAAGGAGCUGAGGGACAGCAGGAAUGGCAGAGCUUCACCCUCCCAGCAGCGAUGAGAGAGACUGACAGUGUUACGAGUCCCUUCUGGCUCCGUCUGCCCGACGGCUGCUGCCUCUGCAUAUUCAUCGGAUGGUAAUGCACGAUGUCGGCAGCAGCGGUAGAGUUUGGCUCGGUCCCACUGCGUUUUUCUCCUGCCAGUUGUGACUCUGAGUCACCAUGACAACGCUGUGACACUUCCAGCAAAGGUUGCCCACGGACCAAGGGUGGGCUGGGGGUGGGCGAGAAGGUCAAUGAUCGAGUCUGAUGGGGUCAGGAGUUGCACCUGCAGCAAAACGACCGUGGAAGAGCCGCCGGCACGGCAAGAAGAUGAAAUUCCCCUUCCAUUGGCUUCUUGUUGAGCAGGCACAAUAACAUUUCCCUUCGAGAGACUCGCUGUAAAAACUCUUUUGGUUAUGGCUACUGAUCCGACGUGAUUGCACGUGCGGCGACUCGGGAACUCAUGACUGGCUAUACGAUGUUGCGCAAUGGGGGAGUGGGGAACGGAGGCCAGCCGUGGGUGUUGAGGUGGUCCAGUCGGAUCCGGCUCACCUGGCUUAGCUUCACCCUCUUCGUCAUCCUCGUUUUCUUCCCCCUCAUCGCCCACUACUACCUGACCACCAUCGACGACGUGGACGAUGCCGGCAAGCGCAUCUUCGGCCCGCGCACCGGCAACGAGCUGUGCGAGGUGAAGCAUGUGCAGGACCUGUGCCGCAUCCGCGAGUCGGUCAGCGAGGAGCUGCUCCAGCUCGAGGCCAAGCGGCAGGAGCUCAACAGCGAGAUCGCCAAGCUCAACCUGAAGAUUGAGGCCUGCAAGAAGAGCAUUGAAAAUGCCAAGCAGGACCUGCUGCAGCUGAAGAACGUCAUCAGUCAGACCGAGCAUUCCUACAAAGAGCUGAUGGCUCAGAACCAGCCCAAGCUCUCCUUGCCCAUCCGGCUGCUGCCAGACAAGGACGACGCGACCUUCCCCCUGCCGAAAUCCAACAGGAACUGCAGGCUGCACAACUGCUUUGACUACUCGCGCUGCCCGCUGACGUCUGGCUUUCCAGUCUAUGUCUACAACAGUGACGAUUACGCUUUUGGUAGUUCCUUAGACCCUUUAAUUAAACAGGCCUUUGAGGCGACUGUCAGAACUAAUGUUUAUGUUACUGAAAAUGCAAAUAUUGCUUGUGUGUAUAUAGUUUUAGUGGGGGAAAUGCAAGAGCCCGUAAUGCCAAAACCUACUGAACUAGAGCAACAGUUGCACUCUUUGCCAUAUUGGAGGACUGAUGGACACAACCAUCUCAUCAUCAAUCUAUCGAGGAAGUCGGAAACUCAGAACUUCAUUUACAACAUCAGCACGGGGCGCGCCAUGAUCGCCCAGUCCACCUUUUACGACGCCCAGUAUCGACCAGGCUUUGACAUCGUGGUGUCACCUCUGGUCCACGCCAUGUCCGAGCCCAACUUCCUGGAGAUCCCGCCCCAGGUGCCGGUCAAGCGUAAGUACCUGUUCAGUUUCCAGGGGGAGAAGAUCGAGUCGCUCCGCUCCAGCUUGCAGGAGGUUCGCUCUUUCGAGGAGGAGAUUGAAGGCAACGCCCCGGCCGACUAUGACGACCGGAUCAUCACCACCUUGAAGGCCGUUCAGGACAGCAAGCUGGACUUUGUUCUGGUGGAGUUCACGUGUAAGAACCAGCCCAAGGCAAGUCUGCCCACUGAGUGGGCUCUGUGUGGAGAAAGGGAAGACAGACUAGAGCUACUGAAGCUUUCUACUUUUGCACUGAUCAUCACCCCCGGGGACACCCGUUUAGUGAUCUCCGCCGGGUGUACCAUGAGACUGUUUGAGGCUCUGGAGGUCGGGGCCAUCCCGGUGGUUCUCGGAGAGCAGGUUCAGCUACCCUACAACGAUGUGAUCCGGUGGAACGAGGCAGCCUUAAUCAUACCAAAGCCACGUAUCACAGAAGUGCACUUUCUUCUGAGAAGCAUUUCUGACAACGACCUCCUUGCCAUGAGGAGGCAGGGCCGCUUCUUGUGGGAGACCUACUUCUCCACCUCCGACAACGUCUUCAGCACAGUCUUAGCCAUCAUAAGGACUCGAAUCCAAAUCCCAGCUGCUCCUAUCCGAGAAGAGCCCGCCGUGGAGAUCCCCCACCGGUCUGGCAAAGCUGCUGGUACAGACCCCAAUAUGGCAGACAAUGGUGACCUGGACCUGGGGCCUGUGGAAACAGAGCCGCCCUACGCCUCUCCCAAAUAUCUCCGCAAUUUCACCCUCACCGCGAUGGAUAUCUACAGGAAUUGGAAUUCUGCCCCGGGGCCUUUCCACCUCUUCCCCUACACCCCCUUUGACCCCGUUUUACCAUCAGAGGCAAAAUUUUUGGGGUCUGGGACUGGAUUUCGACCAAUUGGUGGAGGAGCAGGUGGCUCUGGGAAGGAGUUCCAGGCUGCUUUGGGUGGCAACGUCCCGCGGGAGCAGUUCACGGUGGUGAUGUUGACUUACGAGCGGGAGGAAGUGCUGAUGAACUCCCUAGAAAGGCUCAAUGGUCUCCCCUACUUGAACAAAGUUGUGGUGGUGUGGAACUCUCCCAAGCUUCCCUCCGAGGAUCUCUUGUGGCCGGACAUUGGCGUCCCAAUCAUGGUGGUGCGCACGGAGAAGAACAGCCUCAACAACCGGUUCCUGCCCUGGGACGAGAUCGAGACCGAGGCCAUCCUGUCCAUCGACGACGACGCCCACCUGCGCCACGACGAGAUCAUGUUCGGCUUCAGGGUGUGGAGAGAGGCCAGGGAUCGCAUCGUGGGCUUCCCGGGCCGCUACCACGCCUGGGACAUCCCGCACCAGUCCUGGCUCUACAACUCCAACUACUCCUGCGAGCUCUCCAUGGUGCUCACUGGUGCUGCCUUCUUCCACAAGUACUAUGCCUACCUGUACUCCUACGUGAUGCCCCAGGCCAUCAGGGACAUGGUGGACGAGUACAUCAACUGCGAGGACAUCGCCAUGAACUUCCUGGUGUCCCACCUGACCAGGAAACCUCCCAUCAAGGUGACCUCCCGCUGGACCUUCCGCUGCCCCGGCUGUCCCCAGGCUCUGUCCCACGACGAUUCCCACUUCCACGAGCGGCACAAGUGCAUCAACUUCUUUGUGAAGGUGUACGGGUACAUGCCCCUGCUCUACACCCAGUUCCGCGUCGACUCGGUCCUCUUCAAGACCCGCCUGCCCCACGACAAGACCAAAUGCUUCAAGUUCAUCUAGGAUGGGAGAGCUGGACCCUGCCAGCUCCCAGCUGAGGCAGGAGAGGCCGGCACGGGGCUGCUUUGGUGGGCUGUGAGUGCAGAAGGCUGUGGGAAAUGGGCCAGCCUGGAUUGGGAUGGGCUCUUCCCAAAGUGGCUCACCUGGACAGGGAAUGGGACCCCGUGGCUCCUGUGAGGACACACCUGGACAGGGAAUGGGACCCCGUGGCUCCUGUGAGGACACACCCACGGAUCAUACACUGAGGAAUGGCUCGCUGGCCACUGGCUCUGCCCCUUCGCUAGCCAAGGGCAGCCGUUCUUUUUAAUUAUAAUUAUUGUUAUUUAAAAUGAAAGUGUUUUAGAUUUGCCACGUGA